GUGGGUAGUUGCAACUGCAUCUUCAGACACUACAGUUGGUCUGUUUGACAUGCGAAAGUUGAACGCUCCAUUGCACAUCUUAAGCAGUCAUACGGAUGAAGUGUUCCAGGUGGAAUGGGAUCCUAACCAUGAAACAGUGCUGGCAUCUUCUGCUGGUGACAGAAGGUUAAUGGUUUGGGAUAUUAAUAGGGUAGGAGAUGAGCAGUUGGAAGGAGAAGCUGCGGAUGGUCCCUCUGAACUAAUCUUCUCUCAUGGGGGUCAUCAAGCUAAAAUAUCUGACUUCUCUUGGAAUAAAAAUGAGCCAUGGGUCAUCUCAAGUGUUGCAGAAGACAAUACUAUUCAAAUCUGGAAAUUGGCAG